CCGCCGGCACGAGGCGCCCGGUUGGCACAGCAGUGCCGGAGCCGCUUCCGUGGCGGCGUGGCCCCGCCCCUCGGCGCGGCGGCGGCUGUCACGUGCCCCGCUCGAUGCGCUCGGCGCUCGGCGCGGCCUCCCGGCGUGCGGCUCCCCCCGGCGGCGCGGGAGGCGGUGCGGCCCGGCCCGGGCCCUGCGGCGGCGCCAUGUCCACCGCCAUGAACUUCAGCACCAAGAGUUUCAAGGCGCGACCGCCGGACAAGGGCGCGUUCCCGCUGGAUCACUUCGGGGAGUGCAGCACCUUCAAGGAGCGGUUCAUGGAGUGUCUCCGCGACAGCGGCUACGAGAGCGGUGCCUGCCGGCAGCGCGCCAUGGCCUACCUGCAGUGCCGCAUGGACAGGCAGGCAGCUUAUGGCUAAUGAACCACUGGAAAAAUUGGGAUUUAAAGACAUGAUGGAUGAGAAAUCAGAAGCAAAACCUGAAAACUUGUAAUGAAGACAGACAACUUUACUCCUCAUGUAUGGGAAAACAUAACUUUUAAUGUAGUACAUAUUGUACAUUCUGUUCAUAUUGCAAUAAGAACUGUUUCCUGAAGGAACCUUUUUUCAAAGUUUAAUCUUCCUAAAGUAAGCUUAUUUUUUUUAAUGAGCAAAAGUAUUGCCUUUGUCUACUUUACUCAAGUAUUUCUUAAUUUCUUUCUUUUAAUUUCUCUAGCCUAUUUUUACAGAUCCGUAAGAAGCUGGAGGAAACAACUACUGCCUGAAGUGUAAGAACAGUGAAGUCUUUUUUUAAAAUAAGAGCAAAAAAACCCCUUAUUGUGUAGGUCUUGGAACUACAGAUUAAUCUUAUGUGGCCAUUACUAAUAUGCUUACAGCAGUUACUUGUCAGGUGGAAAUAAAGCUGUUGUGGUAUCCGCAAAUUGCUUUUUAUUAAUUACUGGUAUUAAUGCCCAUCUUUGGGGUGAUCUCCUCUUCACCCUGCUACAGAAAACAGUUGGGUACUGGGGUAGGGUUUUUUUUCAUUCUUUUAACCUUCAUUGUUGGGGGAUUAUUCCUAGUUUCAGACAUCAGUCAGGUAGUGAUUCUGCUUUUAUUUAUCGUGCCAAAAGUGUUCACCUAACUUCGUUUCAUCAUUUAACCAGGAAUCUUUCAUUAUGAAUGUAUUCAGUUCUCCAAAUAAACCUUUCAUAUGGUAUUCUUAAUAUCCAGUUUCACCAUGAAAUGUGGAGACAGGAAUGGUAUUUGUUUGUGUUCUAAGGUAACUGAAAUAUAUAUAUAUAUAUAAAAAUGUGAUGGGGCAAUUUUAUUCUUUACAAACAAAUGUUUUAACUUAAAACCAGGGUAGAUCAAGAGUCUAAGAAAUACACGAUUUCUUUCCAAAACCUGUAGUUGCAGCCCAUACAUCGAGAAGAUGAUGGAAGAGGUCAUACAGUAGAUGAGACAUCAGGUCUGUGUAUGCCUUUAAGAUCCCUGACAGGUGUUUGUAUAACCGAACCAUGAAUUAUCAAAGCCAGUGGUAUUUCUCUUCCAUACACUAAUGCAAAUGAGGCUUUCUUAAUACUGAGUUCAAGCUAAAAUAAUUGCGCCCCCUCAAAAUAUGUUUCAAGCAGACAAUAAAUUUGUAAAUUUUCUGGA